CUUUCCAGUCAUUUGUGGAUUUGGCAAGGUAUCAUCAUGAAGGGACCAAGUGCGAUGCUCCUUGCUGUGGCUGGCGCCGCUACCGUUACAUCCGCGCUCGAGACAGAAGACAUUCCGAUCAAGUUCCGUGACUUUAUCGCACACGACAGCACCCAGACGUGCUCGCAAGACAUCCACUCGACCCCGUUCAACAUGCAAGUGCGCGGGGUCAACCUCGGCGGGUGGCUAGUCCUGGAACCGUGGCUCACGCCGACAUUGUUCUACCAAUUCCUCGGCACGCAAGAGCGCUUUGGGGACAAGGCCCCGGAGAAGACAGGCAUGGACCAGUACACAUUUUGCACGGCGCUGGGACCGGAAGAAGCGAACCGUCAAUUGCGCAUCCACUGGAACCAGUGGGUCACGGAGAAGGACAUUGCCGAGCUCGUGAGUUUCGGGAUCAACUCGGUGCGCAUUCCCGUGGGGGACUGGAUGUUCGUCCCGUAUGGGCCGUACGUAGGGUGCACGGACGGGUCGAUCGAGCACUUGGAUCGCGUGUUGGACUUGUGCAAAAAGUACGGCAUCAACGCGCUCAUCGACAUCCACGGCCACAUUGGCAGCCAAAACGGGUUUGACAACUCGGGACGCGCACAUCAAGUCAAGUGGACGUCGCUCGCCAGCACGCAACCGGUGGGCACGACCACGUUCGAGCACUGGCCGAUCCGAUAUGCUGAAUGGGCUGGAACGUUCGACCCGAUCAACCACAACUACUCGUCGAUCAACUACACGAACCUGAACCAGUCGCUCGAAGUCGUGUCCCGCAUCGUCAAGCGGUACGCGGGCCAUCCGUCCGUGCUGGGGCUGCAGCCAGUCAACGAGCCAUGGGAGCUCACGCCCAUCGACGUGCUCAAGAACUUUUACUGGGACUCGUACAAGCGCAUCAAGGACCUGGCGCCGUCGUGGAAGUUUGUCGUGCACGAUUCAUUCCGAUUUGGGCUAAACUAUUGGAGCAACUUCAUGAAGGGAUGCCCCGACAUUGCAUUGGACACGCACAUCUACCAAGCGUGGAUGAGUCCCACGACAGCGGAAGACUACGGGUCGAACGCGUGCCAGCAAAAGUACACGCUCUCGAGUAUGGAGAAUGCGUUGAUGCCCGUGAUUGUCGGCGAAUGGUCGCUGGCCACCGACAACUGCGCCAUGUGGCUCAACGGAUUCAACGACAACCUUCCAGGGUUCCCCAAAGUCGAAUGUACGCUCCAAGCUUGCCCUGUGGAGAGCACAUACCUCGGCUACGGCUUCCCCGGUACUCCCCUCGACAUCACCAAGCCGAUCCAAGGACCUUAUGGCACCGGAACAUCCGGCCCAUCGUUUGGCAAGUGCCCUGUGAACAAACAUGACAAGUUCCCUGGCACAAGCCUCGUGGAUUUUACCACAAAACUGAACCGGAAAAAACUGAACGGGUACCAGGUUGGCCACGGCUGGUACUUCUGGAACUUCAAGACCGAGCUCGACUUUACGUGGGACUUUUUGCAGCUGGCCCGCGCUGGCGUGUUUCCCAAGAACGUGAGCCACUACGAGCCGGACGAAGUCGACGAUGCAUGCCUUCGUGAAGACAAGGGCCAGUUUGUGUGCAAAGCCAAGCGCGGAGUCAAGCAGUUUGAGCUUGAAAACGGCCUCAAGUACGCGUGCAACAGCCCUGGCGUCGACUGCACGGCCAUCAACGAAACGUACGCGACUCUUGUCGAACGGUGCGAUUAUGCGUACAACGCGUACUGGCACUUGGAGCGCGAAAAGGGCGCGACUUGCGACUUUGGUGGGUCCGCGCACCUUGUGAGCGUCGAGGGCACGGACGAAGAGAAUGCCAACCCGCAACAGGUCACCGCCGCUGUGUGGGGCACUGGCGACGGCACGUCGACGAAGAAUGACGUGGCUCGAGACGCCAGCUCGUGGACGAUCACGAGCGGGUUCGUCGUCGGCGGCCUCUGCGGCGUGCUCGUGACCCUCGUCGUGCUGAGCAUUCAAAAGCGAGUGCGGGCCACCACCACCGCCCACGACGAACAAGGCGAGCGCUUGCCGCUCAUGACCAAGGAGUCCUAAGCAUAAAAGUAGUGGACAUGCCGUCGAGGUGAAAUUAAUUCGAUCAUCCACAGGUUUUUCGUACUUUAUUGGGGCGUAGUACUCGUUCUAAUUAAUACUACUAUUAAUAUAAUAUGUACUACGUUGGUAUUAGUA